AUGACAAUCACCUCGCUUACCAAAAAGAGCGACUACCCCUUUGAUUUAGGUACCUUCGGACGACCCAUCACUACCACCAGCCCCGACGCCCAGAUCUGGUACAAUCGUGGUCUCUCCUGGGUCUACUCCUUCAACCACGACGAGGCAGCUACAUGCUUCGAGCAAGCUAUCGCCCACGAUGAAUCGUGUGCCAUUGCUUAUUGGGGUUUAGCUUACGCUCUUGGUCCAAAUUACAACAAGUCAUGGGAAUUCUUCCGCGAUGACCUGAAGACCACUUUAGAGCGCACCUACCAAGCUUGUCAGAAGGCAAAGGCUCUUGCUUCUAGCGCAACUCCCGUGGAACAAGCCCUAAUCAUGGCUAUUCAAGCUCGCUUCCAGAGCGACAAGCCAUCAGAUUUAGAUCAAUACGCUGCUCAGAAUCGCGCCUAUGCUGACGCCAUGGAGAAGGCAUAUCACGCGCUCGGAGAAGAUCUCGACAUAGCGGUUUUAUAUGCAGACUCCCUCAUGAGUCUCAAUCCCUGGAAACUCUGGAAUUUGGAGACUGGUCUGCCGAACCCCGGUACGCGGACUUUGGAUGCAAAGAAUGUACUAGAGAAAGCACUUAAGCACUCUGAUGCAUACCGACACCCGGGUCUCCUGCAUUUGUAUAUCCAUCUAAUUGAAAUGUCACCAACCCCAGAGCUGGGCUUGGUGCCAGCUGAUUAUUUACGUGAGCUCGUCCCGGACGCUGGUCACGCAAACCACAUGCCCGCGCACUUGGAUGUCCUGGUCGGAGAUUAUCGCGCUGCCAUACGCGCUAAUCAGCGUGCUACCUUUUCCGAUGAAAAGUUCAUCCGUUAUGAGGGCGUGAUGAACUUCUACUCGAAUUAUCGCAUGCACAACUAUCAUACGCUUAUCUAUGCAGCGAUGUUUGCGGGCCAGAAGCAUGUGGCCAUUGAUGCUGUAAAUCGCAUGGAAAAAACUCUCCCGAAAGAGUUGCUUGUCAAAAUGGCAGACUCAAUUGAAGUCUUCAUGUCCAUACGACCACACGUCAUGAUUCGCUUCGGUAUGUGGGACGAGAUUAUCAGCCUCCCACUUCCGGAGGACCCAGUACUUUACUCUGUCACCAUUGCAAAUAUAUACUACGCGAAAGGUAUCGCAUGUGCAGCGACCGGCAACAUUGCUGAAGCCGAAAAAUUCCGAGGCCUCUAUACCGACGCAGCCAAGCGUGUCCCCAAAACUCGUCUGGAUUUUCCGAAUCGGUGUGUCGAUACCCUAGACAUCGCGGCUGCUAUGUUGGAUGGCGAGAUAGAAUACAGACGCGGUAAUUACACCAAAGCAUUUGAACACCUCCGUCGCUCAAUCGAAUUGGACGAUGGUCUGGGAUAUAAAGAGCCGUGGAGCUGGAUGCAGCCUUCUCGGCAUGCAUACGCGGCCCUUCUAUUGGAACAAGGUCAUGUUGAAGAAGCAGCGGCCGCGUAUCGAUGUGAUCUGGGACUUGAUGAUUCUGUCAUUCGCGCACGUCAACACCCGAAUAACGUGUGGGCACUGCAGGGGUAUCAUGAGUGUCUGCUUCGAUUGGAUCGCACUGCAGAGGCCAGGGUGAUUGAGCCACUGCUCAAAAUUGCUUUAGCGGUGGCAGAUAUUCCUAUCAAGUCCUCGUGUUUCUGUCGAGCUGAUACGUCACAGGAAUCAGAUGUAGGGAAGCUUUGCUCUGGCAGCGGUUGUCAGUGA